AUGGAGGAUCACAUGACCAGAAUUAACAUGUUUUCUUCAGACAUCUCCGAUGACUGCACAGAUGGAACUGAGAACUCAGAAACAAGGACAUUCCCAGAUAAAGCCAUUGGCCAAGGCCUGCUUUGCCAAGUGUGUUCAGAUUCCAGCAGUGGUAAACACUACGGCAUCUACGCCUGCAACGGCUGCAGCGGCUUCUUCAAGCGCAGUGUCAGACGUAGACUCAUAUACAGGUGUCAGGCUGGAACUGGCAGGUGCCCUGUUGACAAGGCUCAUCGGAACCAGUGCCAAGCUUGUCGACUAAAGAAAUGUCUCCAAGCAGGCAUGAACAAAGAUGCUGUGCAGAAUGAGCGACAGCCCAGGAGCACAGCCCAUGUCAGUCUUGACUCCAUAAGCGUGGACAGUAAAAAGGAGCACCUGGCCACCACACGUGAACUCACCUCCUCCGCUGCCUACUUGUCGGCCGUCUGCAGACCUCAGGUCACCUCGUCCGUCAAAACCUCGGCCUCCAUGCAGCCCUGCAGCAACCCCAACAACAGCCACCGCUUCAUGGUCAGCCUACUGACGGCUGAGACCUGUGCAAAACUGGAACCCGAGGAUGUGGAGGAGAAUAUCGAUGUGACAACCAACGAUUCAGAGAGAGAUCAGACUCCCUCUGACUUCCGUAUGUCCCCGUACACUGCCAGCUGUUCAGAGGGUGUGUAUGAGACAUCGGCACGACUCCUCUUCAUGUCGGUCAAGUGGGCAAAGAAUUUGCCGGUUUUCGCUCAAUUGCCAUUUCGAGACCAGGUGAUUCUUCUUGAAGAGGCUUGGAGUGAGAUGUUCCUCCUGUGUGCCAUCCAGUGGUCUCUACCCAUGGACAGCUGUCCUCUCCUCUCUCUGCCUGAUCUGUCCCCGACACAACAGAGCAGGAUCGGCCUCCCCAUCGCUGACCUCAGCACCCUGGAGGAGGCGUUCAAUCGUUUCAAGGCCCUGGCUGUUGACCCCACUGAGUUUGCUUGCCUUAAGGCCAUUGUACUAUUCAAGCCAGAGACACAUAGCCUCAAAGACCCAGAGCAGGUGGAGAAUCUGCAGGAUCAGUCGCAGGUUUUGCUGGGUCAGCAUAUCCAUUCAAUCUACCCCGACCAGAGCGCCAGGUUUGGGAAAAUGUUGCUUCUGCUGCCGUCGCUUCGCUUCGUGAGCUCAGAGAAAAUAGAGCGGCUGUUUUUCCACAAGACGAUCGGCAGCACGCCCAUGGAGAAGCUGCUGUGUGACAUGUUCAAAAACUGA